AUGGCCCUGAUGAUGAAGGAGUCAGUGAGCCACCCACCGGCCUGGGAUCUCCCCACGGUUCCUGAAUCGCUCCUGUCCACAGUCGGUGACCACGACAUCACCCUGCCCGCCAACAUCACCAGCCCCUUCUCCACCCAUCAGUGGAACACCACCGUGCCCGCGCACACCAGAAACACCUCACGGCACACCAUCGAACAGGACGACUGCAGCCCUCGCAACGUGACGCUGGGUUACUACGUGACCAGCGGGAAGAGCGUCUAUGUUUCCUCGUUGGUCGUCGACGCCCUGAACGUUUACGGCUUUGACAAGCUGCUGUCGGACAUCAGGCAGCACACACCGCUGGUGAAGGCGGUUCUGCUUCCUGUCGCCACCUGGCUGCCACCGCCGAGUGUCCACCUGCAGCUGAAAACAGUGUUGAGGUUUGUUGGCCCAUUGGAUCACAUCUACUCCUGCAGCUUCAUCCAGAUGUUGGAGCAGCGACUGGAAAACGCCUUUGAUGAGGCCCAGGACAAAGUGCUGGAGACCUACAGUAGACUCACUGUGGAGGUUUUGAGUGUGUCCCAGGAACCAGGGUCUCCCUCCGUCUCUCUGGUGUAUGUGGUGAAAAAUCAGGACGCUUUCCUGAAUGGAACCAUUUCCAGCGGCCUCCUGAACCAGCUAACUGCCGAGCUGGUGGGAUACUUUCUCUUCUACCCCCCGCUGGUCAUUGCUGAGCCUCUUGAAUAUCAUAAUCUCAACACAUCGACAGCGACCAAAAUCUACUGGGUGAAAACAGUUAUCCAGGAUGUAGACGCCUCCUCCCUGGAAGCUAACUACCAAAGCUUUGCCAGCCUGAUGGAGCAGCGCCUGGCCGAGCUGUUCCUGGUGGCAGGCAGGCAGACCCCUCGUAUAGCCAGGUCUCGUCGGGCCACCACUGUAGGGGGCUACACUGUACAGAUGGUGAGCAUGCGUCGACUUCCUGGUCCCAAGAACCCAGCAGAGAUCACGUACUACGCACAGCUGAACGGUUCCCCUAUCACUGGGACCACCGCCGCCAAGACCCUCAGCAGCCUGGACUCUCAGACCAUGGCCCUGACACUCGGAUACUUUGUACAAGUUCAGGCUGAACCUGUCAUAAAGACACCGCCCAGCAACCUGUGGAUCAUGGCGGUUCUCACUCCACUCUUCCUGUUGUUGGUUGUUAUUGGGAUGGUGGCCUUCAUCAUCUGUAAGAGGAACAAGAUCAUGUUUAAAAGUGGUGCUUUCAGGACCUUCAAGACACGGUCCAAGCCUGUUCAGGGAUUCGACUAUGCCAAGAAGCACCUGGGGCGGACUGGUGACGAAGCCGUCUCUGUUACCAAGGAGACGCUGGUUUUGGGACUGCCUGUGAGAGACGCUCCACUGUCACUGUCACUGGACAAGAUUUCCCACCAGGACGGGACAGGCAGCAAGAGACCUCCAUCUGCUGCAGUGCACAGUGCAGGGCGGUUGCCAAGUGAGGAGGAAGGCUCAGUGUCAAGUAACGGCUCUGGGAAGCUGAACACCAGCAAAAGCUCAUCGGCACGAAUGACUGUGACUGGAAGCAGCAGCAAGAAUGGAAAGGAGGAGCUGCAGAGGAGAGAUCCUUAUGAGGACCAUUCAGGCUCUCUGCACCUCAUCACUAUCAAACCUAUGACAGCCCAGCCCACCUACUCGUACCCCUCGUCCUCUUCUCACAGCCAAGACUCUGUGGCGGUAAAUGGAGAGACGAACCACACUGGACUGAAGCAGAAGUCCGACAUUGAGCACUACAGAAACAAACUGCGACAGAAGGCCCGGAGGAAGGGCUAUGGGGAGUUCUCACUGUCCGAGAGCAGUAGCUAUGGCUACAGCCACCGUGGAGCCCGGCACAGCCGACAUGACGGGGGGCUCAAAGAGCCAAUGACAGCAGAGGAGAAGAGAGCGUCCUUCGCGGGAUGUCAUAAGAGGUUUUCCCACCCUCGAGAGCCCACUUACUGGAGUCGUCAGUCCCUGAGUAGCCCAAGUCCGGUGGAGACGGAGAUGGACCUGCUGGUGCUCAGAGAGAGGUCCAGGAGAGGCAUUCGCAAUAAUGGAUAUGAUGGUGAGCCGGAGCCAUUCGAGGAGACCAACGUGGACCGUCUCAUGAGUUCUCUUGGAUAUGGAGGCAGAUCGACAGGAACUGGAAACAGCAGUUUGGGGGUGAAAGGUCAUCGUGGUUCUGAUUCAUCCACCCUCAGCUCGCAGCCGUCCAUUGACGAAGUCCGCACGCAGAUGCACAUGUUGCUAGGAAACGCCUUCAGUCUGGCACUGCCAGACCGCGACCCUCCUUCCCCUCCAAGCAGCCACCACCAUCAUCACCACCAUGCUCACAGCGCCUACAACCCAUCCCACAGCGCCCACUACAGCGAUGGGGUGACCAGCGCCCCCGGGACCAUGAACCAUCCCUGUGGGAGCCGGCAGAGGAGCUUUGCCUACGAAGACAUGCACCAGUGCAGCCUGCCCAAACCGGGUUUUCGCUUCACCCAGCUUCCUGAUAUGGGCAUCGGUUCUCCCCCACCACUGAUUCCCUCAAGACCUGGAGCUCCACCCGGGACGUCGCUGCGACGUUCCACUCCUGAUGUUAGUGUGAAACCUCGUGUGUCCGAGGCCUCGGACCUGCAGACCCAGCAGCACAACGGUACCCCCUACCUGCCGCUGUCCAGGACACCUUUCCCUGCUGUUACUGUCGACCAGUCCAUCAGCACCUACUCAGGAAACCCAAUAACAGCUGUCUAUGCCAUAUCGGCCAACCGCCCAGGAUACUCCGACUACUUCGUCAUGUCACCUCCAUCCUCGUACCGGAGCCCGUCCUGGAUGUCCUACCCACCUGAACCAGAAGAUCUACCCCGACAGUGGAACGACACGCCGCUGAGCUCCCGUCACCUUGAAACCAUCUGCUGAAGUGGUUUGUUACAGCAACAGUGGACAGAUUGGUCUCCAUUAUCAUCCUGAAUGAGUGGCUACUGAUGGAUGAGGCCUUUUCAUCCAUCCAUCCAUCCCUCCAUCCAUUUUCAACCACGUAUCUGGAACUGGGUCGCGGGAGCAGCAGUCUAAGCAGCAACUUCCUGUCUUCGGACUUCCUGUCCUCAGACCUCCUAUCCCCAGACUCUUCCUCCAGCUCAUCCUGAAGGAUCCAAAGACGUUGUCAGUCUAGCCCAGAGACAGAGUCUCGCCUGAGUGUCCUGCAUAUUCCCUGGGGCCUCCUCCCAGUGGGACAUGUUGAUAACUCCUCGCCAGUGAGGCGUCCAUCCUAAACAGAUGCUGAGCCUCCUCAGCUGGCUCCUCUGUAUAUGGAGGAGUAGUGGCUCUACACCAAGCUUCCUCCCUGAUGACGUAGCUCCUCCACCCUGAUGAUGUAGCCCCUC